AUGUUAGCCUUCACUAAGAUUUUGAGGUUUGAGAAAUUAAUACAAAACCCGGUUUGUCUGUUCUGGAGUUUGCACAAGGCCCCAAUUCCAGUGACAUGGGAAAAACCCAAAAUUGGCUGGACAAAACUGAACUUUGAUGGAUCUUCUAAAGGCAAAGCAGGAAAAGCCAGCAUUGGAGGGCUAUUUAGAAAUCACAAGGCUGACUUCUUACUUGGCUAUGCUGAACAUAUAGGAAGAGCCAACAGCAUUAUUGCAGAACUGGCUGCACUCAGAAGAGGCCUUGAGUUGGUACUGGAAAAUGGUUGGAGCGAUGUGUGGCUCGAAGGGGAUGCAAAGACGUUGCUUCAAAGCAUGGCACAAAGGAGACAGAUUCGAUGUGCAGAAGCAAAGGCAUAUUAG